AUGAGAACAAGACUUGAUCAAAUUCCCAUCCAAUCGCAGCAUAACCAGCAAAUCCAACAGCAGCUUCGAGAGCGUCAGCAAUCCAUGUCACCAUCACUUCUUAUUCCUGAAAACCCCCAUACUGGCAGCCCUGCUACAAAUAGUACAACAUCUCCAACAUCACCUCCCUUUACUUCAGUUCGCUCUUCUCAAUCCCUAUUGACCCCACCCGCCUCAUUCAAUACUCUGUUGAGAGCUCCUCAACCAACACUAUGGUCAUCAGCUGUAUCUGCCCAUUCUGGUACUUCAAUUAGCUCUGGUUCAGCAUCCAUUGACUCAUCCACGUCUAUGCCUGCUAUGAUUUUCAACGGUAUCUCCUCAUUUAGAAGCUCGAUCAUCAGUAGCACUCGUGGCUUUUAUUCUAGAACCGCUUCACUCGAUUCCAAGGAAUAUCACUCACAAGUACAAACCGACCUGCCCCCAGAAAUCAUGUCAAUGCAAAUCAAUCUUUCCAACCCUGUCAUCACAUUUCGGGGUGUCAACCAAGGCCAUCUUUUGGACAAUGAUUUGGCAUCCUUGCAAGGCCAUGUCUAUGUUCACUUUAAAGAUCCUCUAAUGAGUUUGGCGCGAGUUAGACUGCGAAUCGUUGGUGAAGAGUUUGUACGUGCCUUUUCUGAUAGAUCCAAGCCUUCUAAACUUCGAGGUAUCUUUGAGCAUCAUAUUUUUUUAAAUCGCACAGUUGUAUUAUGGGAACCAAUGAAGCAAGAGCUUAUGCUGAUUCGAUCCCGUGAGCUGCGAUUUAAAGUUGAUUUGCAAGGAAAUCGGUGUCCUCCUACAUUUGCUUCUAAUGAAGGAUCGGUUUCUUACCGUGUCGAGGUGCUGCUUGAUAUCCGUGAAGAGCCGAAUGAACUCAACAACUGGAAGAGUGGUGGAAAUAUUGAAAUGGUGGCCUGCUUGUCUGACUUUCGAGUUCAAAGAGUACCUACUUUUUCCGAGUUAAAAAUCUACAGCAAACCUACAACUAUAUCCAAAUUACAAGUCAAUUGCUUUGUAACUGGAUCCCGUAUCAUCUUGGCCCACCAGGCUGGCCCUAAAAACUUUAUUACUGUAACUCCAUGCAGAGUGUCAAUCCAUAUGGCCGGAACCAUCAAGCAUGUCUUGAUUGAUCAUGUCAUUGUAUCACUGGUCGAACGGACAAAGUUUUUGGGUAGAAAGUCUUCCUUGUUGGCAAAGGUGAAGCCAGAGUUCAAGUCAUAUGUGAGAGAUAGAAACGUCUUGGGUGCAAGAGAGAUUCCACGGGAAGCAAUCGGACCUCGCAUCUUGCUAGAUCUGUACGAUAUCUCCGCUGCUCAAGUAUUGAACCAAACCAUGUUUGGCAAACAUCUGGAAGUGUCUCACCAUCUGGCUGUCGAGGUGCAUAUUGUUGAUCGACCUCAGGCUGUAUUGAUGGAGAUUCCCAUUGUUCUUGCAUUCACAUAA